AUGUUGACACAUUCCUGUGGUGCUUUUGAGGAACAGCCAGUGAGGGGGACAACAGCAGAGUCGGCUGCAGCACCGCAGGCUCCUUCCACCAGCGACAUCCCGCCGGUCAGUCGGGGGAGUUUCUCCCACUCUCUUUUCCUCUCCCUGCAGCCAACUCAGCAUGCACCAGCCCUGGAUCACCUCCACAGCUCACCCAGCUCCACUACCAUGUGUAGAUGGACAGUGACACAAGGUGCACCGGUCGCCUGGUUCUCCUCCUGCCUCUGCUGCAGACCUCCUUCCCACCUCCUCUCCCUCUCAUUCAUCCUCCUGCUCCUCCUGCUCGGACCCCCCACCUCCUCCUCGCCACUGCUGGCCAGUUUAUCAAUGAACUCCGAACAGAACCAUAAUGCACAAAGGCCGAGCUUUUCUCACUUCUUCAUCUCACAUUCGCCACCUUCUUCAACACCUCCACCUCCUGCAUCCUCGGCGCGGUUGCCCUGGGCGAUCAACGUGUCAUCGUCGUCCACAGCCAUCGUUGGGCGUCACGUGCGGAGCAGCUACAAGCAUCUACAGGGGGAUGUGCGCAAGAGGAAGCUGGUCUCCUUCAAGUACUUCUUCCUGCGAAUCGGCGAGAAUGGAGCCAUCAACGGCACCGAGAAUGAGGACGAUCAGUACUGUGAGUUGGAGAUCAAGUCCGUGGAGGUGGGAGUGGUGGCCAUUAAAGGGCGCAAAAGUAACCGCUACCUGGCAAUCCGCAAGGAUGGACUUCUAUACGGAGCGAAGAAAUACGGUCCGGACUGUCAUCUAAUAGAGCGCAUCGAGGAAAACAAGUACAACACCUACGCCUCGGCUGAAUGGAGGAACAAGAAGAAGUUCAUGUUUGUGGCAAUCAAUGCCAAAGGAAAGCCGAUCAAUGCAACAAAAACACGGAAGACAAAGAAAGUCACUCACUUCCUGCCCACAUUGGUGGAGCCAUAACUUUGGACACAAUGGAAGCAUUUCACCGUGCAGGUGGACACGGUGAUGCCGACAAGAGACAGAUCUGACGCUGGUCUGGAUGAUGCACUGAGGAGGAAAGAAAAAGAAAUCUAUAGACAUUCUGUUGCUAUUGGAUAAGGACAUUUCAGUUUUUAAAGAAAGAUGUAUCUAUAUACAAUGUGUAUAUUAUUUUCUCCUUUAAGUUAUAAAAUACACUGGCACAGUAAAGAUAGGAAAGGAAAUGACUCAUGUGCCAAAAGACGUUGUUAUUAUUCACAUUUCUAGAUAUGUGCAGUCUAUAACUGAGAUUUCUCAACUGAAAGGACAAUACAUUUGUGAAGAAGGGACAAAAACACAGGUUUCAAAUGAAACAAAACGUGAACGGAAGCAGAAAGAAGAAACAAACUGUUUGGUCAAGAAAGCACCAAGACAAAUCUAACAUUAUCAUGUUUUUCUUCUUCAGAUUUAUUUAUUUUAUGUACUAUUUAACAAAAAAAUUUGAACCAAAAACACAAAAGAUCUAUUGUAAAGCUAUUUUUUGUUUUGCUGCCAUCUAUUCUUCUCUUUUCUAUACUAAUCCUUUAUGCCUGAAUAAAUGUAAAGAUUAUAUUUGU